AAACCACGUUGUUGUGGGUUUCCUGGUUGGUGUCCUCCCCCACCCCCUCCCGGGUAGGGGAUGGGGGGUGUGGCGAUCCCGACUAGAUUUUUUCUUCCCUUAGCGAGUCCACCGCGGCUGCUGCUAAUGCUGAAAAUAGCUCAAAGGCGCUCAGAACGGUAGCACCACCCAGCAGCUGCGAUCCUUUCGCUCCCUUAUUUGCCUUCUCUCUGGCCUUUUCCCCCCCUUCAGACACUUGGAUUGGGACUUAAUCUGAAAUCUCUGGAGUGCAAGACCUUCUGAAAAGGGCUAAAUAAACAAUCUCUACAUGUAAAGGCCACUGACUCCUACUUCCUCUGCGCAGAGCGACUGGGAGCCCGGCUGCCCCGAGGAAAACUGAAGACUUUAAUAACAAACCCUCCAAGGUCACAAUGAAUACAGAUAGCGGUGGGUGUGCUCGCAAACGUGCCGCCAUGUCUGUUACAUUAACAUCUGUGAAGAGAGUUCAAAGUUCUCCAAACCUAUUGGCUGCAGGGCGUGAUUCUCAGUCACCAGACUCAGCUUGGAGAUCUUACAAUGACCAAAGUCAAGACACACUGAAUGGAGACGCUACAUAUUCCUCUCUUGCAGCAAAAGGCUUUAGAAGCGUUCGACCAAACCUGCAAGAAAAAAGGUCGCCCACUCAGGCACCCCUUCCACCACUCAGAACAGAAAGCUUUUGUAGCCCCUUGACAACCAGUCACACAAAGGGUGACAUUUUAGACCAACUAGUAACUAACACACACGUUCCUUCCAGUCCAGAGUACUUGACUAAUAAAAAACUUCUUCAGGGAGCUAUGCAUUCUGAUGAAGGCGACCCCAGCCAGACCAUUGUGUAUUCCGAAGAAUCUAACACCACUGUGUCGUACACACAGAAAAUCACUAACCUGCUACCAGCAGCUUCCAGCACAGGUUCCCCACCCAGUGCUGACACGAGUAGCACCCCAUUUCUACAAGAGGACUACAUGCAAGAUUCUCAAACACGGAAAAUCUCUACACGGAAACUAAUCCAUAACCAGGAUCUAGGAAGUAGCAUCCCCUUUAAUACCCCACCAUUUUCCAAACCUGUUGACCUACCAUCAUUCCUCAAAAGGCCCUGCUCACCGCCCCCUAACCCAGUGCCUGAGAAACACACAGCAUCUCUCUCCAUUCAGAUAGCUCCCCUGUCAGGACAGGAUCCCGAAAGCCACAAACAGCUACCUGAGCUUUCUCCAGAGACUACAAAGAUACCUCUUCAGCAAGAGAGACAAAAACCUGCAGUGGCUGCGACCGCUCAGUCCUCAGACUGCCGGGUGAGCCAGGUAACAGUGAAUGGAAACUCGGGAGGUGCUGUGAGUCCGAUGAGCUACUACCAGCGGCCCUUCUCCCCUUCGGCCUACUCCCUGCCAGGCUCCCUCAAUUCCAGCAUCAUCAUGCCUCAUGGCCGGUCACUCGACUCCACGGAGGCGUAUGCCCAGCACGCGCAGUCUCUGGACGGCACGGUGGGCAGCUCCAUCCCGCUGUACAGGUCCUCGGAGGAAGAGAAGAGGGUGACCGUCAUCAAAGCCCCGCACUACCCCGGGAUCGGGCCGGUGGACGAGUCCGGCAUCCCCACGGCCAUCAGAACGACAGUUGACAGACCGAAGGACUGGUACAAGACGAUGUUCAAGCAAAUUCACAUGGUGCACAAGCCAGAUGAUGACACAGACAUGUACAAUACUCCUUAUACAUAUAACGCAGGCCUGUACAACUCGCCCUACAGUGCUCAGUCCCAUCCUGCUGCGAAGACCCAGACCUACAGACCCCUCUCCAAAAGUCACUCGGACAACGGCACGGACACUUUUAAGGAUGCCACUCCCCCAGCCCCUCCUCCCCAUGUUCCUCCGCCAGUCCCACCACUUCGACCCAGAGAUCGGUCUUCAACAGAGAAGCAUGACUGGGACCCUCCAGACAGAAAGGUGGACACGAGAAGGUUUCGUUCCGAGCCCAGGAGCAUUUUUGAGUAUGAACCGGGGAAGUCGUCGAUCCUGCAGCAUGAACGACCACCCCCUCUCCCAACAACUCCGACACCUGUUCCCCGGGAACCCGGCCGGAAGCCCAUUCCUAUGUCACCAUAUGGAGAAGUCACUGGUAGCCCCUCCCCUCCGCCCAGGAGUGGGCUCCCCACACCAAGCCCGAGCACCCCGGCUCUCUCUCCCAUCUGGACUGACCGCAUACAUCCCGAUGACGUAGAGUUAGAGAAUGAGCCCUGGUAUAAGUUCUUUUCAGAGCUGGAGUUUGGACGGCCGCCUCCUAAAAAGGCUCUGGACUAUGUUCAAGAUCAUUCUCCUGGUGUUUCCAAUGAGGCCUCCUUGUAUCAAUCCUCUAUAGACAGAAGCCUGGAAAGACCCAGUAGCUCUGCAGGCCUGGCCAGUGACUUCAGGAAAAGGAGGAAGAGCGAGCCAGCCGUGGGGCAGCCGAGGGGCCUGGGAGAUCCAAGGGCGAGCAGGACCAGCCCCGGCCGGGCGGACCUCCCAGGAUCGAGCGCCACCCUGACCCAGUCUUUCAUUAGUUCUUCCCCUUCCUCCCCAUCCAGAGCAAAAGACCGCGAGUCCCCUAGAAGUUACACAUCCACUGUGGCUGACUUGGGGAGGGGCGCACCAAGGGAAAGAAGAGGAACUCCAGAAAAAGAGAAAUUGCCUGCAAAAGCUGUUUAUGAUUUUAAGGCUCAGACAUCUAAGGAGCUGUCGUUUAAGAAAGGAGACACUGUCUACAUCCUCAGGAAAAUCGACCAGAACUGGUACGAGGGAGAGCACCACGGGCGAGUGGGCAUCUUCCCCAUCUCCUAUGUGGAGAAACUCUCACCUCCUGAGAAAGCACAGCCGGCGAGGCCGCCGCCCCCAGCCCAGCCUGGAGAAAUCGGAGAAGCUAUCGCCAAAUACAACUUCAACGCGGACACCAACGUGGAGCUGUCGCUGAGAAAGGGAGACAGAGUUAUUCUUCUCAAAAGAGUUGAUCAGAACUGGUACGAAGGUAAAAUCCCAGGAACCAACAGACAAGGCAUCUUCCCUGUUUCCUAUGUAGAAGUCGUGAAGAGGAACACAGCCAAAGGCGCCGAGGACUACCCCGACCCUCCAAUACCCCACAGCUACUCGAGUGAUAGAAUCCACAGCUUAAGUUCCAACAAGCCACAGCGUCCUGUGUUUACUCAUGAAAACAUUCAAGGUGGGGGGGAACCGUUUCAGGCUCUGUAUAACUAUACUCCUAGGAAUGAAGACGAGCUGGAGCUCAGAGAAAGUGACGUCAUCGACGUGAUGGAGAAAUGCGAUGAUGGAUGGUUUGUGGGAACCUCAAGAAGAACCAAAUUCUUUGGUACUUUCCCCGGAAACUAUGUCAAGAGGCUGUGAAGCACCCUCCCUCCUGCGUAUGCUGCGUCUCAGAACCUUGCCCGAAAGACCCCGCAGGCCUCCCGCUCUCAUGCCUUAUGUUUCCCAUAGAAGUCACCACCAUCCCCACCUCGACCUGCCACCCAACCACCAGCAGAGUAACCGCCGGAGCCUUGGGGGGUUGGCAGGCCUGUUCCAUGUGAAAGUGCAUACUCCUGCUUUCUGCUCUAACCUGGAAGUCUGUACGUUAGGAUCAGAAAGAAAGUCACCAUAUUUACAAAGGGGUAAAUAUUGGAGGCAAAAAAAAAUUGAAAAGUGUCUCGAGGAGGCUCCCUGGUCCACUUUGAGGAUGUCCCCCGCCCCUCCCCAGGCGACCAGAAGAUGGUUUAUCACUAAAUACGUGGUGUGUGUGUCCACGCUCUUAGCUUGGCAGUCUGUGUUCCUUUCACGAGUUUACCUAGAGCCCUCGUUUACACGACAUGACAACCGUACUUCAGCUAUUAUUCGCCUGCACUUACAUCUUGUAAUAUGCACAGUGAUGAUUACACAAGCUAAAGCAAGCAUAGGAGCGUUCAUUCGGAUGAGUGUGAAUUUUGUGGAUUGAAUGUGGGUUUUCAAAUAGCAGUCUUGCCCUGCGAUACCUUUGUACUUUUUAGAAGUGCAAACAGUAAGUGAAUAAGAGCUUUGGGUAGUAAUCAUGAGAAUAUAAGAGAUUUAGCUAGACUACAAAAAAAAUAUUGUGUUGUAAAGUUGCGUUGCUAUUUUAUAUUAAAAUGUAAUAAUCAGCAUCAUAAAUAAUGAGCCCUUAGUGUUUAUUUAUCUGACAAAAUUUAAAUGAAAGCAGUGUUAGUGAGAGGUGCAAAGAGUUAUUCUAACAUAGACACUUGAAAGUAUCCGUAAGCAAUAUUCCUAGGUAGGAUCUCACUGGGUGUGCACAUAGCCAUUUGCGAAUGUAUGAGAACAGGCAAUCCACAUGAUAUGUCAUACAUUUUAUGGAAAUGUAAAAGAACCCCACGCAUUAUUUUAUAGAAAUAGAAACCUUUAGAAGCAUCACAGGUAUUAAGGCUGGUUUUAGCAAGGAUUGUGAUCAAUACAAUUAUUUUUACUAUAAUAAUUAUUUUUUUCCUAUGGAACUCAGAAUCCUGGCUUCAUUUGAGGACAGGAAUAUGUUGAGCCUGAUUUUCUGGUGUGUAUAAAAUACUUCCUCAAAAUCCAUUAGGCACUUUUUAGAGGCAAUGUUAACUCAUCCAGGUUCUGUUUUCUGCCCUGAGGUAGAAAUUUACAAAACGAUAUUGGGACCUGGAAGGUUUAAUGUGGCGAACAGUGCCUGAAUUACACACCUCCUGAGAACUAGCUUUGUAUUUCUUAUGACUUUGCAUAAGAACUAUUCAUAUUUGGAUCUUGAGCACCUUAUAGAGAAAACUUUUUAUGGCAUUUCUUCUGUGGACAGUGACUGAUCUUUUCACAAUGUAAGUAGACUCUAGAAUUUUGUACAUAUGGUUGCUCCUUUUUUUUUGUACAGACUAUUUAGUUGUUGAGAAAACAAGGGAAUUUCCUAACUUGGUCUUUAUCCUUCACUUAAACUAAGCUAAAGAUGAUUCUUUGUAUAGCCCACAGGUCAUAAGCACGCCUCGAUAGUGUGAUUCUAUAAGGUAGCAUUUAUGCAAAAGUUUAUGAGCUUAAAAGAUCUUAGCAGCCAAACUGAAAUGUAUAUAAGUAUCCAGUACAGAGGGGUUUCAAUAGGAAGAAGGUAAAGAAACACCUUUGAGUAGUCGACCGUGAUUACUGUCAAGUUCACAACCAGCUUUAUAUUUUAAAGGCCUUGGGUUUGAAAUUAGGUCAACUGCAUGCAGCUUUGCUGAUAAAUGAAUAAUUAUCUUCCAUGCCAUUUAUGAGAAAAGACUUCAAUAUCUGUUGCCUGUCAUAUUUAAGAAAAAUUACUGUUUCUACUCUCUGUACCUGAUUUUGAAAGGAAAAAAAUAUUCCUACUUGGCUUUCAGGUCAUUGACUUUGAAUUCUUACAAGCAAAGGUCAUUGUGUUUUUCUUGAAUAGACAUCUAAUAAAUUUUGCUUGGAAGUAUA